GUGCAUUUAGCAUAAGGUGUAAGAAAAGAAAGGUACAAAAUGGUUUGGCAGGGAUUAGUACCUACAACAUUAAUUGUAUUUGAAAUAUUAAAUUUCACUACAGGCGGAAAUAUUUCUAUACAAAAACCCGGUAAUGAGACUGGUGAGAUGUCAUAUGAAUGUGGUAGAAAUGUUACCCUUACUUGUAACUUUAAGAAGAGCAGAUUUGCCAUUUCGUGGAUGAAUGCAACCGAUGUUAUACCAAUUGUAAAAUGUACACAAAAUAAAUGUUUUUUAACCCCUGUCUAUGAAGGACAAUACAGUUUUAUAUACGAUAGACAUGGCAUAUUCAAUUUAACAGUUACAGAGAUAACCAAGGAAGACAACGGGAGAAAGUUGAUUUGUUCAGACGGUUCUGACAGCGAUUCUGAAAUUAUAAAAGUUACAGACUAUGAGCCCCUUCUUUUUGAAGAUACAAAAAAUGGGACUGUAAGGGCGAUAUCGGGCUGUAUAUCUCAAGAUACUGAAGUUUCUUUUAAAUGGAUAAAGUUGUCAGUAAGUUCUUAUAUAUCAAUUUUAGUAACAAUGGAAAUAAACUUCCUUCCUGUACUUCCAUCGGCCAAAAUACUGUUUACGUACCGUAAGGAACCGAAGCGCGCACAAAUAACAAU